CAUUGAAGGUGUCAACUACUGUAAAGAUCCCAAGUCGUUGCUAGCUAGCUAGUAGCCAAGAGUCCUGAAAGACAACAACCAUCGGCUGAUUGAAUCGAAUCGAAUCAUCUGGACUGCUAAUAUAUUGCAGUAAAAGUUACGCUGGGCAUCACCAAAGUACUUAUUGUUGACCAUGACAUCUCUAGUAGCAGUAGUAGGAAGCAGAAGCGCGCCUUUACUGGCAAUCUGUUUGCUGUUUGCGUGCCUCGCACAAACCAACCUGGCUCUUUCGCCCACACAACAAACCACUCGACGCGUUGCCCUCGCACAGACUGCUAUUCCCUUGAUAGGAGUAUUACCAACGUUCGCGGCUACCGCAGCAGCAGAAGAAGAGUAUCAAGAUGGUCCCGAAGGACUCAAAUAUGUCGUCACCAAGACGGGCACGGGACCCAAACCACAACGGGCACAAAAGAUUCAGACCAGCUACACACUCUGGAUCAAUGGAUUUCCAGACGACCCAAACAAUCCAAUCAAGAGCAAACAAAUCGACAGCAGCACCAAACCCAUUCUCGGCGAUCAACCCUUCAAAGUCCGGGCUGGAGUCAGUCAAGUCAUUCGAGGAUGGGAUUUGACACUGUUGGAUAUGCAACAAGGAGAAGCCAGACGAUUGAUUGUCCCGCCAGAAUUGGGAUACGGGAGCAAGGGAGUUGGACCCAUUCCGGGAGGCGCCACGUUGUAUUUUGAAAUGCAACUCACCAAAGUGGAACCCCUGGAAGAAUUGACGGACGAUGCCAAAAAAUGGUUGGCGGAACAUCCAUUGUAGCUACAGUAGUAUUACAGUAGCUGGAAUAAUAGCUGGAAUAUACGGCAGGAUAGUAGCAUGUAGGCAUCACAAUCCCUUUGUACGAAUCAAACGCAAGGGUCUCUUCGAAGCCUAUUUUAUCGGAGAGCAUUACUACGACUCGACUCGACUCGACGCGUAGUAGUCUACAAUGUCAUGUACUCUAAACCCCCCCCUAUCUAGAGUAGUUCUCUGAGCAAGAUGAGGUUUUGCGGUGUGCCCGAGGUUAUGUAGUAGAAUCGAAUUUGUUUGGGGGCUGUCAGAUGCCUCAAGGGCUACGCCCCAUGUCAACAAAAGACACCAUGUUAUCGACCCAGAUGGCCAUGACGAAUCAUGGGUGUUCACAAAGUGGCACCGUCAUGAUUAAAAUAAUGCGCGUCAGAAUCUUUGCCCGAGGUUAUGCAGUAGAAUGAUUCAAUCUCAUUAGCCAACCUAACUCACAAUUCAAAUCUAAGCAAAGUUGUAAACAAAACUACUUUCUACU